UGUAUAUUAGGAAUUAAGCUUUCUUUCAGACUUAAUUAUAUUGUUUAUGUUUUUAGGUUAGAGAUAACCAUGACUGUCAUGGCCGAAGGAGAGGUGGAAAUCACAGAAGGCUGCAGGCUGCCUGUCCUCCUUACAAAUGGGGAUGGAUGGCAUUGGGCAGAAAUCUUGGCCAAAAAAGAUGUCAACGACAAACCUCUAUUUUAUGUUCAUUAUGAUGACUUCAAUAAGCGUCUGGAUGAAUGGGUGCCAGAGGAGCGGAUGGACGUUACAAAGAUGGAGUUUCCCCGCAAAGACCAGAAAACGCCGAAGAAGGAGGUGGGCAAGGCAGGUCAGGCUCCAUCCUCCAGUCGUCCAGGCAGUCCUGAUACAUCUGCUGUCGUGAAUGGUUCUGGGGGUGGGCACAAAAAAAUGCCAGUGAACAGCAGAAAGAGGAAGUUGGAAGAUGAUAUUAUAGACCCUAUAUCAUUAUCAUCCACUCCAACUUUGCAGUCGGCCAGCUUGGGUACCGAGUCAAUGCCCAGCAGUCGGUCAGGCACUCCUUCUAUUCCACAUGUUAACUCAUCACAAGAGAUGGAUGGGGGCAAACCAGCAGCCCCUCGUCAGACAGGCAGUAUGGUUGCCCACCACGACGACGCCAUCACUCGCAUGAAGAACAUUGAGCUGAUAGAGCUGGGCAGGUUCCGUAUCAAGCCAUGGUACUUUUCACCAUACCCACAGGGAUUGACCUCAUUACCAAUAGUGUACAUAUGUGAGUUCUGCCUGAAGUAUGUGAAAAGUAGCAAGUGUUUAGAGAGGCACCUGACCAAAUGUUUGUUGAAACAUCCACCUGGAAACGAAAUCUACAGAAAGUCAAAUAUAUCUAUAUUUGAAAUAGAUGGCAGAAAAAAUAAGAACUAUGCUCAGAACCUGUGUUUGCUGGCUAAGCUGUUUCUAGACCACAAGACCCUAUACUAUGACACAGACCCAUUCCUCUUCUAUGUGUCCUGUGAGAUGGAUGUGAAGGGAUAUCACAUCUUUGGCUACUUCUCCAAGGAGAAAGAGUCGUCAGAAGACUACAAUGUAGCCUGCAUUCUCACCCUGCCUCCCUACCAGAAGAAGGGCUUCGGAAAACUGCUCAUUGAAUUUAGUUACGAGCUGUCCAAGGUGGAGGGAAAGACGGGCUCCCCAGAGAAGCCCUUAUCUGACCUUGGGCUCCUUUCAUAUCGCAGUUACUGGUCUCAGACCAUCACAGAGAUCCUACUUUCACUAAAACCAGAGGAAGGAAACGAAAAACCCAUCAUCACCAUCAAUGACAUCUCGGAGAUGACGAGUAUCAAGAAGGAGGAUGUGAUCUCGACCUUACAGCACCUGAACCUUAUCAAUUAUUACAAGGGCCAGUAUAUCAUAGUGCUCUCCAGGGAGCUGCUCAAGUCCCACUAUAAGUCAAUGUCCAAGAGGAAGAUUCGUAUAGACCCCAAGUGUUUACAUUGGCAACCUAAAGAUUGGAGCAAACGGGGAAAGUGGUGAUAGUGAUGUGUAGUGUUGUUGUGUUACAGCAUGCUACUUUCAACUUACUAAGUCUUAAAGUGGUGUGAACUGGUAUUGGAAUUGCUACAAGGUCACAUGGAUUUCUGGAUCUGCAGAAAACCUGCUAUCUAAGAUAUUCUGCUACCAUUGAUAUGAUUGAUAUAAAAACAAUAAAAAAAUCAUGAUUAUUGCCAUUUCUUGAAAAAGGUUUGCGGUAUCCUUCCAUUUUAAGGGUGAGACUGUCAAAGGUGAAGGUGAAAGCAAAUAGUCUUCUGAAAACUUUAUGUUCAGUAAUUAGAGAAUGGUUAGACCUAGGACCCUCAAACUUCAGUGGUAGCAGACCAGCGGAUGACCCCUAUUGAUUUUUGAGGUCAAUAGGGUCAUGAUCAAGGUCGUAUGAAAACUAUGUCGACAGUUCAGUUUGAAAUGUUCUUCAUUUUAUAUAAACUUUGUGCAACCUUGAAUAGUUGAUGUAUUUUAAACACAUUUAUUCAAUUGUCAGCAUGUUUCUCACAGCUUAGACGUGCGGCACGCCUGGAAUUGUUUGAAAAACACCUUUUUAUCUGUUUGAUUUAUUUUACUCUAUAAUAAUUAACAGCUCUGUGGUAUAGUGAAAUAGUAUUUACUACUAGCAUGUCUAACUCGUAAUCCAAUCAUCCAGGUUUGUGUCUAGUACAUGUACAGGUGACACUCCUUGUAGCAUUACUUUUCCUAUCAAUGUUCUUUUGUAUAACUUUUUUUCCAAGGUUGCUGCCUUGGACUUCACAUAUGAUAUAAACAUAUUAUGUCUUGAUAAUAUCAAUAAAGAAAAUAAGAAGUU